AUGCUUGGUUAUGAAGGUUCAAUUGCUAAUAAGUUCACUAAUACAAAAAGAAGACAUCUUAGGAGUUGUCCACAUUUUAGGUCAGAAUAUCAAUAUGAAAAUAUUCUGAACCUAACAAUCUUAAAUGAAGAAAAUGACAACAGUGUAAAACGGAAUUCAAGUAGUUUAUUUGUAAAAGAACUCCCCACACCACCUUAUCCAAAACUCUAG